GAUUUAGUGAUCCUUAUUGUAUGCUGGGGAUACUGCAAGGAUGCGUCCAGGAAGGCAGAAGAAACAGUUCUGACGAAGAAACGGAACGAGGGCGAAGUAGCCCAAGACUUCAGGGCUUGAGGAAAUUUGGGACUUCUUUCAAACGUCGAGAUCGAACUCGAAGUAACAGUGUUUCAGAAAGUCUUCCUGCCAAAUAUAUUCGCACCACCACCGUCAAACCACACACCCUGAACCCAAAAUGGAACGAACAGUUUCGCUUGGACAUAGAUGAUGUUCACACCGAGAAACUACAUCUUGAUAUCUGGGACCACGACGACGAGUCAUCUGUCUUUGACGCUGCACGCAAAUUGAACGAAGUGUCGGGAUUUAAAGGUCUCGGAAGAUACUUCAAACAGAUUUACCAAUCAGCCAGAAGUGAAGAAAACAAAGAUGAUUUUUUAGGCUGCAUCACGAUACCAAUAGAGGAGAUUCCUUCGAACGGUUUGGAUAAGUUCUAUCCUCUUCAAGGACGGACAGCUCGUUCGACAAUUCAGGGACAGAUUAGACUUAAGCUGAGUUUAGGAACAAGGGGAGAUAAAGAUACAACCACUGCUGAGGAUAACUGGAAAGAUAUCUUGGAACAUCAACAGCUGCUGUGGCUGUUCAUAGAACACGAACUGAAAAAUCAUGAGGUUUGUGGACAACCCAAAAAAUGUGUUUCUAAUCGUGUUAGGCCUGGCCUGAUGGACAGCAUGCCCAGACUUUUAACCCAAGAUUCAUG